CUAGAGAGGGUUCUUGUUUACAGGAUCUCUACUUUAGCCUAGUAUCAGCAUGGGGCACAUACUGGAGGCCCAUGACCAGGGGCGGACUGACCAUUUGGAAACUCGGGCACUGCCCGAGGGCCCAGGGUCAGUAGGGGGCCCCAUGAGAUGCCCCUGGUACCUUUUUCAUAGGCUUUUUUGAGUUUGGGCAAGGACACAGGGGCCUCAUGACCCCCUAUUGCCCGGCCCGGGGUCAGUAGGGGGCCCCAUGAGAUGCCCCUGGUACCUUUUUUCAUAGGCUUUUUUGAGUUUGGGCAAGGACACAGGGGCCCCAU